UAAUAAUCCUCAAUAUAGUGAUUUGGAAAUUAAAUGUAAGGAUGGAACCAUUGUUUAUGGUAUUCAUGCGAUCCUUGCCGCUCGUUCCGAAGUUUUUUUUAGAAUGCUUUUUACAAGAGUUUCCAAAACUCCUGAUACGCAAAUAUCUUUUCCAAAAAUUGAAGCUUCACACAUGAAGAUUAUUCUUGAGUAUCUAUACACGAGGGUAAUUCUUGACGAAGAUAUUACGGCUGAUAAUGCGUCUGAAGUUUUAUAUGCUACUGACUUCUUUCAAUUAGAAAACCUUCAAAACCUCGUUUCAAAGUUUUAUAAAAGAAUGUGCACGACGGAGGGGAUUGAAAAUAAAUCACCCGAGUUAUUAUCUAAGGUGAUUCAAUUAAUGUCACCUAAUGCCGAUAAUGAAACUAUUAGAUAUUUAGUGGACAUAGUUGCCAAAAUCCCUUUAGAUUCUAUUAAGUUGGAUAGAUUAUCUCUUCAAGAUUUACAAUAUAUUUUUGACAGCUGCAAAAAUCUAUUCCAAGAAGCAUUUUCUACUCUGGAGGAAAGGUUACCACCUUGGAUUCAAGUCAAAAAAGCACCUGAAACACUACACAAUGAUGACUCAAUAGAUAAAGAAAUUAAUAUAUCGGUUGCUGAUAUUAUAAAACCUAUC